UGUAGCUUAAAAAAACUUAAGCUAGAAAGCCUAAAUUCACAUGAACCUCUAUUGCAGGAGGAGAGGUUAACAGGAGGCAAAAAGAAGCCAAGCUAACCUGCAUUUUCAAACAGCCACCAAGUGGAACGGCAGCGGGAGCUGGCAGAGCGGGCAUGCGGGGGAGCGAGCAGGCAGCACGAGGGGAGGGAGCAGGAGCCCCCAGGGCUGGGCAGCGGGCACUCCCUGCUCCUGCUCCUGCUCUGCCCAGCCCCGGCAGGCCCUGGCAGGGCUCGAGGCCGGCUCUGCAGUGCCCAGAGGAUCAGGUGGUUGCGGAGCCGGGCGCAGCCGUACGAUGCAGCUGAGACAAGCACAGCCCCCGGCAGCCUCUGGAGCUGCUCUCCAGAACGAGGCGACCUCUACGCUCCAAUCCAUCACAGAAACGAUGUGCUGAUACUGCAGGACACCACGGCAACAAUGGAAUACCAGAUAUUGAAUACAUCUACCUGUCUGCUGGUCCUUCUGGUUUUCAUACCCACUGGUUUGGGUAUCUGUCCUUCUAGCUGUAAGUGCUCAGGAAACGACAGGAAUGUGGACUGUUCAGGCAGAAACUUAACUGUACUGCCCCAGGGACUUCAAGACAACCUUACAUAUUUAAAUCUGUCCUUUAACCAGUUUGUAGAUCUCGAUCAUCAGCUAACGAGGUUCACCAAUCUGAGGACCCUUGAUAUUUCAAAUAAUUGGCUCAAGAAUGUUCCUGCUCAUCUGCCCAAGUCCUUAUGGGAAUUAUAUGCCACAAACAACAACAUUAAAGUUCUUCAGAAACUUGAUACAGCUUACCAGUGGAAUCUCAGAGUGCUCGAUAUUUCCAGGAAUAUGGUGGAAAGAGCUGUCCUGAUCAACAACACACUGAGCAGUCUCAAGUUUCUCAAUCUCAGCAGCAACAAACUUUGGACAGUUCCAACCAACAUGCCCUACAACAUAGAGACAGUGGAUCUAUCCAAUAACUUCUUGUCCCAGAUACUCCCAGGAACACUGGUGAGACUGCAGCACCUCACAAGCCUCUACCUGCACAACAACAAGUUCUCAUACAUUCCUGACAAAGCUUUCGACCAGCUCUCCCAGCUGCAGGUAAUAACUCUGUACAACAACCCCUGGUCCUGCAGCGAUAACCAAAACAUCCCUUAUGUGCUGCAGUGGGUGCAGGGCACAGCUGCCCGUGUUGUGGGGGUCCCCUGUGCCGAGCAGCCCUGGCCCUGGGCGAGCACCGCGCCAGCCCAGGCCCAGUCCACGGCGCUGGACUCCAGCCCCAUGGUCAAGGGCACGAAGGCAGAGGACAGGGAGGCUUCUGCUGCGGCGCCUGAGCCCACCAAAGCGACCAAAACGCACAAACAAUUUAAAGCCAAGGAAGUCCCUGCCUUGGCGACCCAAAGCCACCCGGCUCUGUUCCCCGGCACAGACCGGCCCCGGCUGCGCGUCCCCGCCGGCCCCCAGGAGGCCGUGGCCACACGCACAAUCCUCGCCCAGGACUCCACCGAGGGCAACGCCAGCCUGGCCCCUGCCACAGGAUCCUCCACCACUCCCAUGACUUUAAGCAUCACCAGUGGAAUGCCAACAACCAACUCCAAGCUGCCUCAAAGCACAACUGCUACCUUAAGGAAGGAAGAGGCCACACCGAGCGCCCCGGACGUGCGCGUGCCCUCCCGCGCCAGCCGCUGGCAGGUGGGGCUGCUGUGCCUGGCACUGCUGCACGCCCUGGCCGUGGCCAUGGACUAAGGGCCCGCAGCCCAUGGAAACUACUGAGCUGAUGUGAUAACAGCUGGAGUUAACACAUCCAGCCGAAAUAAUGAAUGAAAGAAAUUCCAAGUCCUGACUCUGAUCUAAAGAAAGUAACAGUUCUUAAAGAUGCACACACUAAUGUCUUGAUACUAAGCUGCUACUUAUUUUCAUAUGUCUUAAUUGAGUACAACUAAUCUAUUAUUUUGGUUUUAAAAAUGUGCUUAUUUUGUAUUUAAAUUCUUCCUUUUACUUGCACAGAAUAAACACAUCAGCAUUUUAAGUACUGAUUUAAUGUAUGAUUUUGUCAUCAAACAACUGGAUAAAAACAGAAGGCCUGUAUCAUAUCUGCAUUGUCUUGCUUGACUUGCCAGUGAGCAAUUCCUGUAAUAUAGCAGCAGAUUCCUUUUAAGUUAUGAUGACAUGCAAAAGAAAGGGAAAAAAUAAAAGAACUAAACUGAACUGUUUCACUAAUCAGAAGUUAUUCCUGAGCAAAAUCGCUAGCAUGUGUAUCUACGUUUGCUUCAUAUGUAUUAGAGUAUUUUAAAUAUGAAGAACAACAGUUUCGAAUUUAGGAAUUAAAUAUGACAAUGCCAUGAUGUCUGCUAUGAGGGUGUAAACUGAGAUGGCAACAUGGUCUAACUUCAGCAUGGGACAGUGAUAGGGGCUAGUAUCCUUCUGCUCUGGCUUGACUUAGAGACUGCAGGCAAGUUAUUGCUCUCUCCACAUUAAAAAAAAAAAAGAAAAAAAAGAAGAAAAAAAAGAAGAAAAAAAAGAUACAAGUAGAGAAAAAUGCCAGAUGUUCAAUGCCAUGACACUGUCAAACACCAAGGCGUUAUCUACCCAAAUUAAUGACCUGGAACUCCUUGACUUUAUGUCAAGUGACAUCCUGAAAUGUUAAUAUGUUCUGCUUAAAAGAAUACCACAAAUCAGCCAGAAGGUAGCAAACUACUAUCAGUAAGACAACACAUCAGCCAAUUUCUAACACAAGUCAUGUAACAAAUCAAUUAGGCAGUAAGCUGGUGAGCUGUCACUGAAACAAUCCUGACUCUUGUGACUUCAAAGAGAAUGAAUCCAGUCCAUGGCACUGAACAUGCCCAAAUCCCUGCUUUCUAAGGGCGAGCAUGGAUGCUCUUCUCCUCGACAUCCGCACCGUCAGCCAGUAGAAAUAGCUGCACGCAUGGUUCUGUCCACUCUAGGAAAACUAUUUAAAUUAUGGCAAAGGUACUUGAUAUACUACAGAUGAAGUUUUGCAAACAGCAUGAAAUGAAAACUGAAGAACAAGUUAAUUGAAAAAGUAUUAUCCACUUAAUACUACAGAUCUUAUACAAUGUUUUCCAUUCAUUCCAGGCCAUUUAAUUUCCAGUUAUUGUAGCAUGAAGGUGCUGCAAAACCCAGAAAACCUCACAACUGAGACUGGAGUCCUCUACCAGUCUCCCCUAAGGUGUCAAUGGGGGCUGUAGAUCAUUUACAACCACUGGUAUCAGAGAAAUGACAACUUUCCAAUUGCGUACAGUAUUUCUAUAACCGGAAAUGUGUUUUAAUUUCUAACAGUAAAUGUUACACAAUGGAUUUGUACAGUUAUUUCAUUG